AUUUCAUACGAUAACGUGCGUUCAAACUGGAUGGUCCCGUGUAACGGAACAGAAAGUCGUCGAACCGGAGCAGAGCUUUGUGGUUUCAAAGACUUCGCACUACAAUUUUUAACUUUUUAAGACAGUGACGACCUUGCAUGGGUCACUUUAAAACUGCCUACUUCAGCCCUUUGAUAAAGAUCUUCAUGGUACCUGUUGAAAACAAGCCGAAUACCUUAAAACUAAACAGCGUGGCUAGACAGUCUAGUAGAUAUUCAGCCAGAGAUCCAAGAUUAAGACGUUAAUCUUUUAUUUGAAUCAGUCCCCACUGCCAGUAUUAUUUGUAACAUAGUAAGAUAUGGAGUUAGACGAAAAGUCAUCUGUAGUAUUGAGAAAUCGCGCGCCAAAAGAUAAAUUAAAACCACAAGAUGCAGUACGUGAAUCUUUGCUAACCGAUUCGACAUCGGGUAUAGUCAAAGGCGAUGAUGAUACUACAAGUAUUGGUUCCACAUCCUUCUCUAGUCCAGAAGUCGAAGUUAGUAAUAAAGACCUACUUGCCGUUAAUAGUAAGGAAAAUCAUAAAGAUCUCGAUGGAAAGUGCACAAAAGUGAAUAUCGAUACAGACAACGAAACAAAAGAAAAUCAUGUAAAGGGUAAUGAUGUGAAAGAAAAACAAAAGCUUAUUAAGAUAGUCGAAGUUCCUAAAGCAAAGAUACCAGAUGGUGGAUGGGGAUGGGUGGUCGUAUUUUCUUCAUUUGUCAUCUCAGUGAUCGCUGAUGGUAUUAGUUUCUCGUUUGGAUUACUGUAUAUGGAAUUUCUUGAAGAAUUUAAAGCUAGCAAAGCGACUACAGCAUGGAUUGGCAGUCUGUUCAUUGCUGUACCUCUUUUAUCGGGACCAGUAAUGAGCGCUCUGGUGGAUAGAUAUGGCUGUCGAAGUAUGACAAUAUUGGGUGGUUUGAUUUCCACGCUUGGUUUUGUAUUAGCGUCGGUUUCAAAUUCAAUAGAAUUGAUGAUGUUGACAUUUGGCGUGAUCGCUGGGUUGGGCCUCGGUCUCGUAUACGUCACUGCGGUUGUUUCCAUCGCUUAUUGGUUUGAAAAGAAACGGAAUCUCGCUGUCGGUUUAGGAGCUUGUGGUACUGGAGUUGGAACAUUUAUUUACGCUCCAAUGACACAAUAUUUUAUAGAAGAAUACGGUUGGAGAGGAACGAUCCUUUUGUUGGCUGGUACUUUGCUUAAUUUGUGCGUGUGUGGGUGCGUUAUGAGAGAUCCCGACUGGUGGAUCUUGGAGCAGGAGAAGGAGAAAUCUGAAAGGGAAGAAGAGAAAUCUGUAAGAGAUGAUCUGAAAUCUAAAUAUUCCAGUUCCGCCUCAAUUGCCAAUUCUGUUUCUUAUAAUGAUGAGUUUUCGCGUGGUAAGAAUAUGAAGCGUCUUAUAUCAAAGGGUGUUUCAGCGGAGAAAGUGAUAAAAGAUGAAGUAGCUACUAUAAGACGUCGUGAAAUUAUGGUGUUAAUGAAAAAGAAGAAUGAUGAGAGGAAAACCAGAUCUCUUAUAGAUAUGCCAUCGAAUAUGAGUAAUGUUGUUGAGAUGAACAGCGGCUUUACGAACACAAGUAAAGAGUGUGAUGAUAGCAUGAAGUACGUGUCAUUUGCAAGUAACUUGUUCGAUCGAGAUUUAGCGUUAAGGAAAACUCUACAACCUAAUGUGGUUACUCAGCCGAUAGUUAAAAGUAAAGAUGACGUAAAAGAUAACAAUGCAACUGCCGAAGGUACGAAAGGCGAAGGGAAAUCAAACGACGAUCAAAAAGUAAUAAGAAGAUCAAUGUCCGGGUCAAAAGAAUUGAAACCGCUCUUGAAACAAGACAGCAAAGACAAUAGACGUGAUUGGUUUAAAAAGCAAUUAUCUGUUAAUCAUCAUUAUUUACGCGAUUUGAAGAUGCCAUUAAAUUCUAUAAGCCAUAGGAACGCGAUUUUGAAUAUAAAGCGUUAUAAACUGAAGGCAUCGUCUUGUCCUGAUAUAUUUAAAAAUUCCAUGAUGACGGUUAAUGAGGAAGAAGAGAAUUGGUACGACGAUUGUGUCACAGUACUACAGGAUAUGUUUAACGUUGAACUAUUCAAAGAGGUUACAUUCAUAAUACUUUGUGUUGGAACAAUUAUUAUAUUUGUAUGGUUUAUUGUACCGUAUUUCUACCUCGCUGAGCACAUGGUGAACAAUGGGUAUAAUGAUGAUGAUGGAGCCGUGAUGUUGAGUUUGAUUGGUAUCACCAAUACUAUUGGAAUGGUAGGCUUAGGCUGGAUAGGGGAUUUCCCUAGUGUAUCCAUCGGCAAUCUAUACGCCGCUUGUCUUUUAUUCUGUGGGGCCUCUGUAGCCGCUAUACCCUUAGUGGUCAAGAACUAUUGGCUAUUGGCCUUCGUUUGUGGAACGUUUGGCUUGAUGUUCGCCGCGUCUUUCACUUUUGUACCAAGCUUGUUGGUCAAAUUGGUGUCGUUGGAUGACUUCACUUCCGCGUACGGGUUGGUGCUGUUGGCGGAGGGGAUUGGCCAUCUGAUUGGCCCACCGCUAUCUGGACUCAUAUACGACCUAACAUUAUCCUGGGAGUUAUCCUUUUACCUCGGCGGGGGGUGGAUUGUCAUGGCCGGAGUACUUACAGCCUUUAUACAACCGAUCAGGUCUUACCAGCAGAGACGGGAAACGGAGCAAAAUAGUGAAAUUAUAUAAUUUUUUGUUAAGUGGGAUUGGGGUAAUUGCAAGGCUUAUUCCAAUCUAAAAGUUAUAGAUACUUUCCAGAAUGACAGUACGAGUCGGGUAAUUGCCUGACUCCUGAGCGAGCGAGAAAUAAUAUUUUUUAUGUUGCCAUUUUAAAAUACAAUAUUAUGAGUGUAUUAUUAGUACAUAUGUAUACUCUUUUGAUACAUCAGUGUUUUUAACUAAUCUCCUUCGAAACGG